UUUAUUUAUAUACUUAUUUUCUUCUUCUUCUAAUUACUCACCCACUCCACUCGUAUUAUUUCUUGGUUGGUCAUUAUUAUAAUCCCCACUAUGUAUGCCAUCUCCUGACACCGAUCUCUGCCACCCUUUUGCAUUUUCAUGCCCUUCUUCCGAUUUGUGAUUAUUUAUAACAAUUCAAGGAAACUGGGUUGUUUGAAGAUUUGGAUUUGUUGUUGAAAAGUUGAGCACUUUUUGUGUCACAAGUUUGGUUUUUUUUUUUUUUUUUUGGGGGGGGGGGGGGGGGGUAUUGAGAAGGUUGUGUAUUGUUUUUAUAAUUCUUCUUUUUUGUUGCGGUGUUUGAAUGGGGUGUUUGGGUGAUGGGCGUUUCGCUGUUGAGAUUCGAAAUGGAGUGAGCAAUGGUUGUGGUGAAGUUGAGGAUGCUGUGAAGGUUUUGUUGGAGGGUCUAGGGGAAGAUGUGAACAGGGAAGGUCUUAGAAAGACACCACUUCGUGUUGCCAAGGCCCUUCGUGAAGGAACCAGAGGUUACAGACAAAAGGUGAAGGACAUUGUUCAAGGUGCUUUAUUCCCCGAAGCUGGUCUAGAUAAUAGAGUUGGUCAUGCAGGGGGAGCAGGUGGACUCGUGAUUGUUCGAGAUCUUGACUUGUUUUCCUAUUGUGAGUCCUGCUUGCUUCCAUUCCCGGUCAAGUGUCAUGUGGGUUAUGUCCCCUCUGGUGAAAGAGUUGUUGGUUUAAGCAAGCUCUCUCGUGUUGCUGAUGUAUUUGCGAAACGACUUCAAGAGCCUCAGCGUCUGGCAGAUGAGGUAUGCUCUGCUUUACAUCGGGGAAUAAAGCCGGCAGGUGUUGCUAUCAUACUUCAAUGUACACAUAUCCACUUUCCAGACAUAGAACCAGUCUUUCUUGACUCAAACCAUCAAGGGUGGGUGAAGAUACUUGUUUCCUCAGGUUCUGGGGUUUUUGAGAACAAAAAUGCAGAUGUAUGGGAUGAUUUCUUUGGUCUUCUUAAAUUUAGAGGCAUCAAUAUGGAUAAAAUUCAUUUGAGAGGAUCAUCUGAUCCAUGCUGGUGUCCUUCUCAGUCUUCUCUAUCUGCCAAAGUUUCCUCGAAAAUAGGACCAGUCAAUCCUGUAAUGGUUACUGCAGUAGCUUCAAUUAUUGAAUCUUUGGGAGAAGAUCCUUUGAGGAAAGAGCUUAUAGGGACUCCAAGUAGGUUUGUGAAAUGGUUGAUGAACUUUCAAAACAGUAACUUUGAUAUGAAGUUGAAUGGUUUUCUUUGUGAUGGGAUAGAUUCUUUGAAUGCCAAUGAGGAGGUUAACGUCAACCAAAAAAUAACCUCUGAGCUGAACAUACCUUUUUGGUCACAAUGUGAGCAUCAUUUGCUUCCCUUUCAUGGUGUUGUUCACAUAGGAUACCUCAUGUCUGAUGGAUUCAAUCCUAUGGGAAAAUUGCUUUUACAAUCAAUAGUACAUUUUUAUGGUUUCAAGCUCCAAGUUCAGGAAAGGCUUACCAGGCAGAUAGCUGAAACCAUUGCCCCACUGUUAGGCGGAGAUGUGAUAGUAGUUGUAGAGGCAAGCCACACAUGUAUGAUUUCGAGGGGAAUUGAGAAGUUUGGAAGUAGUACGGCUACUAUUGCAGUGUUAGGACAUUUUUCAACCAACCCUACUGCAAGGGCAUCAUUCUUGGAGAGUAUUCCACGUCCUACAUCAUCUGGGGAGCAAUGACUCUUGUGUUUGAGCUCACUUGAAAUAAUUUAGCACUAGUUCAGGUCAUUCUCUGCACUUUGAAAUUUCAGUGUCAGCAGUUCAGCUACCCAAGCAUGGAUAAGUUCAGAAGAUAUCCUUUAAUGGAUAAUCUUUAUGUUUUUCAGUUCCUCGAAUUUUUGUUUCAGUAUGAGAUUUAUGGUCAGAAUUUGUCUGAGGAUUGAUAGUCACAUCAUUAUCUUUCUGUCUUCUUGAGUCUUUUGCAUGAUCCCUCAAGAAAAAUAGAGGGAAUUCAUUCAGUCCAGAUUAACAUAAUGGUAGACUCUCCCCCUAGAAUGUCAACGAUGUUAGUCACUCAGUCACAUCAUUAUCAGUUCCUCGAAGUUAUUCUUGAUGUUCACAAAGGGAAGGAUUUAAACUGGUUGUUUUGCAUGCAAAUGCUUUGGUGCUUUCAGGCUGUUGAUUUGCAGAUAGAUUCCGAAGCAGUGUUUUUUUUUAAUGGUAUUUUUGGAGAUUCUGAAGGUAUUGUUAUGGGGUGGAGGUUGGACAAUUCUGGUUGGAGGAUAAGGAUUUCUCAUGUACAUCGAGAAGCAAAUGCUUGUGCGGAUGCUUUGGCCAAUUUGUCUUAUGGCUUGCAGUUGGGUUUUAUGAUGUAUGAGCAACCUCCUGCUAUCAGUCAACUGUUGCUUGCUGACAGUAGAGGAGUUGUUUCUCCUCGCAUUAUUUCUUUGUAGUUUCCUUUGGGCUUUUGCUCUGUUUAAUACCAAAACAAAAAAAGCUUUGCUGCUUUUAUUCUAGUGGUGCAUUGUGUA